GCCGCCGCCGCCCCGCCGGCUCCGCGCCCCCUCCCCGGCCCCCGCCCGCCGCCGCCCGCCGCCCGCCGCCCCGAUGGCGCCCCGGGCCCCCUCCGCGCGGGGCCACUAGGACCCCCGGCGCCCGCGGCCCCCGCCUGCCCCCUCUCCGCCGCGGGGACCCGGGCGCUCGCGGCACCCAGCUUCGGAGCUCGUGCCCUCAGGCCGGCGGGGGGGGAGGGGAGGAGGGGUCCCCGGCACCCCUGCCCCCCCCACCCGGCCGCCCAGUCCCCCGGGACCCGGAGAAAAUGUCUUCGCGGACGGCGCUGGCCCCGGGCAACGAUCGGAACUCGGACACGCAUGGCACUUUGGGCAGUAGCCGCUCCUCGGACAAGGGGCCGUCCUGGUCCAGCCGGUCCCUGGGUGCCCGCUGCCGGAACUCCAUCGCCUCCUGCCCCGAGGAGCAGCCCCACGUGGGCAACUACCGCCUGCUGAGGACCAUCGGCAAGGGCAACUUUGCCAAAGUCAAGCUGGCCCGGCACAUCCUCACGGGCCGGGAGGUUGCCAUCAAAAUCAUCGACAAAACCCAGCUGAACCCCAGCAGCCUGCAGAAGCUGUUCCGAGAAGUUCGCAUCAUGAAGGGCCUAAACCACCCCAACAUCGUGAAGCUCUUCGAGGUGAUCGAGACCGAGAAGACGCUGUACCUGGUGAUGGAAUAUGCAAGUGCUGGAGAAGUAUUCGACUACCUCGUGUCACACGGCCGCAUGAAGGAGAAGGAAGCUCGGGCCAAGUUCCGCCAGAUUGUAUCGGCUGUGCACUACUGUCACCAGAAAAACAUUGUACACAGGGACCUGAAGGCCGAGAACCUCCUGCUGGACGCCGAGGCCAACAUCAAGAUCGCCGACUUCGGCUUCAGCAACGAGUUCACGCUGGGCUCGAAGCUGGACACGUUCUGCGGGAGCCCCCCGUACGCCGCCCCGGAGCUGUUCCAGGGCAAGAAGUACGACGGGCCGGAGGUGGACAUCUGGAGCCUGGGCGUCAUCCUGUACACCCUCGUCAGCGGCUCCCUGCCCUUCGACGGGCACAACCUCAAGGAGCUGCGGGAGCGUGUCCUCAGGGGGAAGUACCGGGUCCCUUUCUACAUGUCCACGGACUGUGAGAGCAUCCUGCGGAGAUUCUUGGUGCUGAACCCGGCGAAACGCUGUACUCUGGAGCAAAUCAUGAAAGACAAAUGGAUCAACAUCGGCUAUGAGGGCGAGGAGCUGAAGCCGUACACGGAGCCGGAGGAGGACUUCGGGGACACCAAGCGGAUCGAGGUGAUGGUGGGCAUGGGCUACACCCGGGAGGAAAUCAAAGAGGCCUUGACCAGCCAGAAGUACAACGAAGUGACCGCCACCUACCUCCUGCUGGGCAGGAAGACCGAGGAGGGUGGGGACCGGGGCGCUCCAGCACUGGCCCUGGCGAGGGUGCGGGCGCCCAGCGACACCACCAACGGGACAAGCGCCAGCAAAGGCACCAGCCACAGCAAAGGGCAGCGGAGCUCCUCCUCCACCUAUCACCGCCAGCGCCGGCACAGCGACUUCUGCGGCCCGUCCCCCGCACCCCUGCACCCCAAGCGCAGCCCCACCAGCACGGGGGAGGCGGAGCUGAAGGAGGAGCGCCUGCCCAGCCGGAAGGCGAGCUGCAGUGCUGCGGGCAGCGGGAGCCGGGGGCUGCCCCCGUCCAGCCCGAUGGUCAGCAGCGCCCACAACCCCAACAAGGCCGAGAUCCCGGAGCGGCGGAAGGACAGCGCCAGCACCCCGAACAACCUCCCUCCCAGCAUGAUGACGCGCAGGAACACCUACGUCUGCACGGAACGCCCAGGGGCUGAGCGCCCGUCCCUGCUGCCAAAUGGCAAGGAAAACAGCUCGGGUACCCCGAGGGUGCCCCCCGCCUCCCCGUCCAGUCACAGCCUGGCUCCCCCGUCCGGGGAGCGGAGCCGCCUGGCGCGGGGCUCCACCAUCCGUAGCACCUUCCACGGGGGCCAGGUCCGGGACCGGCGGGCAGGGAGCGGGGGAGGCGGGGGCGUGCAGAACGGGCCCCCGGCCUCUCCCACGCUGGCCCACGAGGCCACACCCCUGCCCGCCGGGCGGCCCCGCCCCACCACCAACCUCUUCACCAAGCUGACCUCCAAACUGACCCGAAGGGUUACCCUCGAUCCCUCUAAACGGCAGAACUCUAACCGCUGCGUUUCGGGCGCCUCUUUGCCCCAGGGAUCCAAGAUCAGGUCUCAGACGAACCUGAGAGAAUCGGGGGACCUGAGGUCACAAGUUGCCAUCUACCUUGGGAUCAAGCGGAAACCGCCCCCCGGCUGCUCCGAUUCCCCUGGAGUGUGAAGCUGACCAGCUCGCGCCCGCCCGAGGCCCUGAUGGCGGCCCUGCGCCAGGCCACCGCGGCCGCCCGCUGCCGCUGCCGCCAGCCGCAGCCGUUCCUGCUGGCCUGCCUGCACGGGGGUGCGGGCGGGCCCGAGCCCCUGUCCCACUUCGAAGUGGAGGUCUGCCAGCUGCCCCGGCCGGGCCUGCGGGGCGUUCUCUUCCGGCGCGUGGCGGGCACCGCCCUGGCCUUCCGCACCCUCGUCACCCGCAUCUCCAACGACCUCGAGCUCUGAGCCACGGCCCGGUCCCGUCCCGCUCCCCGUCUCCCUCCUUCCGCGGGAGGCCAGGCCGCGGAGGGUGCGCCCUGCCGUCCCCGGUUGCUCUGACUUGGAUUUGGGGCGCAGACUCUCCUCUGCUGUUCUCGGGGGAGCUCGGCACCAGGGGGUGAGUGGGCUCAGCAGGGCGCCUCCGCCGGUCCUGACCCUCCGCUCCCGCAGCGGGCACCGAGGAGACUCCGGGGCGGGGCAGGGGCGGGAGGAACACCGAGGACACUUCUCCAUUCCUCCCCACAGCUCCAGCAUUCGGCCUUGGGCCGGGGCGGGAGGGGUUGCUGAGCCUGUAGACGGCGAAUUGGGGGCUGGGGGUGGGGGUCAGGCAGACUCCUUCCCUUUCCCCGCCCCUCGUGCUCGAACGCCCCUGCCCGCCCCAGGCCGGUGCGGGGCACUUUGUACAAAUCCUUGUAAAUACCCCCACGCCCUCCCUCUGCAGAGAUCUCUGAGGAGCUGCCGCUGUCACCUCCGGUUUUUAAGUUAUUACACCCCCACCCUCCUCCUCUCUCAGCCCCCUCACCUGCAGCCUGUCGUCCAAUAAACUUAGGAAAGUCCCCCCUCCUCCACGCUGUCCCUGGGGUUCUGCCCUGCCCUCAUGCGCAGGUGAGGUGAAGAGGAGGGGUGUGACUUUGGGCCAGUGGUUUCUCCUUUCUGAGCCUCAGUCUUCUCAUCUGCAGAAUGGGAGCAGUGGGCGUGUGAGGGUCAGGGACUCAGCCUCAUCCGCAGGCCCCCAGUUCCUAGGUGGGACCCCCGUUCAUCCACUCACGUGCCCACCCACAUGUUAUACUGGACUCUAAGCCACUUCCUACUCCAGUAGUACAUUUAUCCAAUAAACAGUCAUUGAUCGGUG